AGGAGAAGAGAGGGAAACAGAUAGCCACAUCCCACAUCCACCAAUCCCCACACCAUCCAAUGGCAACCACUUUCUCACCACCACCCAUCCUCUCCUCCAUCACUACCUCCUCCGCCGCCGCCGCCCCAAAACAGCCACCUUCGCCUCCCCUAACAAAACCCCACCUCGCCGUACCGCCCUCGAAACUCCCAGCAACCACCUUAACCGCCACCCUUACAGUCGCCGCGGCCGCAGCAGCUAUCUUGACCGCCGCGGCGCCGCCGUCGCUGGCAGAAGCCUACAGCCUGUACUAUGGCACAGCCGCGAGCGCCGCCAACUACGGCGGCUACGGAGGGAACUCGAACAAGAAAGAAUCGGCGGAGUACGUGUACGACGUGCCGGAGGGGUGGAAGGAGCGGCUGGUGUCGAAGGUAGAGAAGGGGACGAACGGCACCGACAGCGAGUUUUACAACCCGAAGAAGCGGUCAGAGAAGGAGUACUUGACGUUUCUGGCGGGGUUCCGGCAGUUGGCGCCGGUGGACGCCGUUCUGGGGAACCUAGCGCUGUCGGACGUGGAGUUGCAGGACUUGAUCGCCAGCGCGAACAGCGUGAGGUCGGACAAGAGGAAGGACGAGAAUGGGCAGGUGUACUAUGUGUAUGAGAUUGAUGGAGUGGGGAAGCAUAGCUUGAUUUCCGUGACAUGCACGAAGAACAAGCUGUACGCGCAUUUUGUGAACGCGCCGGCGCCGGAGUGGAGCAGGGACCAGGAGACUCUCCGGCAUCUCCACGAGUCUUUCAAAACAGUUGGGUCGUUUUAGCAAGAAUUUUUUUUUAUAAAACAAAUUAAGGAUAGAGUCUUGCGGGAUUAAAAAAAAGUAUGUAUUUUUUUUUUUCACGUUCUAUCUCCUUUUAAAUAAACAAAUCUUGUGUUCUAUAAUAAUUUAUAACUUAGAUUUAUCAAAA